CUGCCUGACAGCAGUAGUGACAAGGAGAACUCUCGCUCCCUGGCCUCCACUCGUCCACCACCUUCUCACCACGGGGAUGCUGGAUCAGAAAUCACCACCUCCACCGGACGCCGAUUUGACUGUGUCGAGCUGUCACCAGUGCCCGUCCCCACCAGCCCUCUGCCAGCCACUCGGAGAGAGGCAGGGGAGGGGCAGGGCAGGGAGCACGCCCAAUGGCAGGAGGAGAGGAGCAGAGACGUGACCAGUAGCACAUGGGAGCAGGUGCUGUCGAGGAAAGGGCCGGGUGUAGGCUCAGAUCCCAGGAUAAGAGCAGAGGAGGACAUUGAGAGAAAGUGGGCAGAGUUUGAGCGACUGCCACUAAAGGAGAUGAGGUCACUACUGCCAAUGGGCUCACGGUCCAGCCAUCCAGCCAAUGAGGCGCUGCAGAGGGAGGUAGUGCGUGGAGAUGUUUUUCAAUUUGCAAAAACAAUAAAUAAAUGCAAAUUUACUAUUCAUCUAGAUGAUUCAUCUACAGAUGAAGUUAAACUCUUUAACACUAGGCUUGCUCUAUAAUGCAUGCGGGAUGGUAAUCAGGCUCUCUGCAGUAAUACUGACCCUGUCAGUCUUCAAAAUACCAAGGAAGAAGGUGUAAUAGGGGCUUAGUUAGCAAUACCUGUUUGCCCUGAAAAAUAAAGUAAGACAGCAAUUCCCUGGUUCUAGAACUGUGAGUUUAUCAGAUGUCGAUAGUGGAAACAUUGCUUAAAGUCUCAUUCCAUCUUUGAGUGCUGUGUCAUGUGAUAACAUUGUAUAGUGUGCUGUUGACUACUGUGUCUUCACAGGGGUAGUUUUAGGACUCGUACAGACCAUACAAUCAUAUCAUGGGGUUGGGGGAAUCUGGUCCAGAUUAAUUUACUCGUUGCACUGUGUCCCUUUGUCUAUGGUCCAUACAGUCCCUAACAUUUCCCUUGAGACACAUGACCUGCAUGAUGUGUGGGAUUGAUAUGACUGCAUGGAAUAUGGCAUUCAAAUCAGUUUGGUUCAACCCAGUAAUUCCAUACCCCGCCGCCUCUCUCUUUCUCUCAGUGAGCUUUACCGCCACUCUCCCUUUGUGACACUCAGGUGGCGUCUCUGAGGCAGCAGCUGGAGCGUUUGCAGGGAGAAGGAUGGGGUGGGGGGAGGGUGGGGGGAGGUAGCUGUGGUCGGGAGGCUACGUGCGGCCGCAGCCUUCAGGCCAUGGAGCGGGCCCACAAACAGGCCCUGGAGGAGCUGCAGAAGCAGCAUGCCCGCGAGACCCGGGAGCUGGAGAGGGACAGGGACCGGCUGCUGCGGGAGGAGACCCAGGACACAGCACAAGGUCAGGGGUCAAGGGUCAAAAUUGUACAUAAAGUCAUUAGCACCCCAGUUCAAGAACUUUUGUUGUUUAUGAAACGUGUGACGUCAGAAUGGAACAUAGAAGUCAACACCACAGCAUUUCAUGUGGUAAUAGUAUAUUUGUUUUGAGAUCAGAUCACAUCACAUCCUCCCCCCUCUCUGUGGUUUAGUUAUGGAGACACUGAAGAAGGCCCACAGGGAGGAGCUGGAGAGAGAGGUGGAGAAGGCAAAGAGGCUUGGUGGAGGGAGUGCCAACACACAGACCCUACGCACACAGCAGCAG